AAUUUAGAACAAUUAACAAAAAUCCUUUUUGAACUAUCCAAAUCAUGUCAUCUUUCUUAAUACCAUUCAAAGUCAUGUUCUUCCUCAUACUUGUCCUGCUUCACUUUUCCUCUGUUUUUGCUUCUUCAUCCUCCAUUGCUGCACUUACAAGAGGUAAAGAAGCGGAAACUCUUCUAAAAUGGAAAGCUAGCCUUGACAACAACACCCAAACUUUGCUCUCUUCUUUGUGGGUUGGAGACUUCCAUUGCAGUUGGGUUGGAAUUACCUGCGACAAGGCUGAAAGCAUCACCAAUCUAAGCCUUCCAGAUUCUGGGUUGAAAGGUACACUUCAUAGUCUUAGCUUUCUUUUCUUCCCUAACCUGAUGAGGCUUGACCUUCGCAACAACUCACUGUAUGGGCCCAUUCCCUCACACAUUGGGAACCUUUCCAAGCUCACCUUCCUUGACUUGCAAUACAAUAACUUUUCGGGGAAUAUUCCAUCCGAAAUUUGCUUAUUGAAAGGUCUUGAGUUGAUUUCCUUGGCAAGUAAUGAGAUCAGUGGUUCCAUUCCAUUAGAGAUAGGGAGGCUGAGUUCAGUUUCCGAGAUUUAUUUCUUUGAUAACUAUCUACGUGGUUCUAUCCCUGCUUCCGUAGGAAACUUGACCUACUUAUCUGUUCUCCACCUCUAUCAAAAUAUGUUUUGUGGAUCGAUACCUCAAGAAAUAGGGAUGCUUAAAUCUCUCACUGACUUUGAGUUGAGUCAUAAUAAUUUCUCUGGUUCAAUCCCUGCUUCCAUAAGAAACUUGACCAGUUUAUCCACUCUCCACCUUCACCAUAAUAUGUUUUCUGGGUCGAUACCUCAAGAGAUAGGGAUGCUUAAAUCUCUCACUGACUUUGGGUUGAGCCAAAAUAAUUUCUCUGGUUCAAUCCCUGCUUCCAUAGGAAGCAUGUCAAAGCUUAUGAUGAUAUAUCUUCACCAUAAUCAUUUAUCAGGGCCAAUUCCUUCAGCGCUCGGCAAUCUUACUCAUUUGCAAUCAUUACAAUUAGGAGAUAACCAUCUCAGUGGUCCAUUACCCAAAAAUUUAUGCAGGGGUGGACAACUCGCAAAUCUUUCGGCUUUCAACAACAAUUUGACGGGUCUUAUCCCACCAACUUUGAAAACUUGCAAAAGCUUAUUCAGAGUUAGGCUUGAAGGAAACCAGUUGACAGGAAAUAUAUCAGAAGCUUUUGGUAUAUAUCCUAAUUUGAAUUAUAUUGCAUUAAGCAACAACAAAUUUUAUGGCGAACUUUCGCCAAACUGGGGGCAAUGCCAUAGUCUAACAAGCCUACGGAUCUCCAAUAAUAACAUUUCUGGAAAGAUACCACCUGAGCUGAAGCAUGCAACUCAAUUACACGAACUCGAUGUCUCUUCAAAUCAUCUCAUUGGUGAGAUUCCCAAGGAAUUGAGAGCGUUGACAUUGAUGUACAAACUUUUGCUAAGUGGUAACCAACUUUCAGGCAAAAUUCCACCAGAGAUUGGAGUUCUUUCAAAUCUACAAUAUCUUAACUUGGCAUCAAACAAUUUGAGUGGACCGAUUCCUAAUCAACUUGGAGAGUGCUCAAAGUUAUUGGACCUGAAUUUGAGCAAGAAUAAACUUGGAGAAAGCAUUCCACUUUCAGUAAGCUACAUAAAUGGCCUUCAAAAUCUAGAUUUAAGUCGGAAUUUACUUAUUGGGGAGAUACCCCAAGAGCUUGCAAAAUUACAUUCCUUGGAAAUAUUGGAUCUUUCUCACAAUAUGCUCAAUGGUUCCAUCCCAAUUUCUUUCAAUGAUUUGCAAAGCUUGACUGUUGUGAAUAUCUCUUACAAUGAAUUAGAAGGCCCUAUUCCCAACAUUAAGGCAUUCCAUGAGGCUUCAUUUGAUGCCUUAAGAAACAAUAGGGGCCUAUGUGGUAAUGCCACUGGACUAAUGCCUUGUGUUGGCUUUCAUACAAAAAGCACCAAGAACAUCAUGUUCAUUGUGCUUCCACUCUUUGGACUUCUUCUUUUGCUCUUUAUCGUGGCUGCAAGUUUCCAUUCUUUGCCCAAAAAACCAAACCAGAAAGUUGAGUCAAUCGAGGCACAACUUGGAGAUUUUCUCAAAUUGUGGGGAUAUAAUGGAAGAAUACUCUAUGAGAACAUUAUUGAAGCCACUGAAGAUUUCAGCUCCAACAAUUGGAUUGGUUCAGGAGGCUAUGGAGCUGUUUAUAAAGCUGCGCUACCUUUUGGUGGGGUGGUUGCUGUGAAGAAACUUCACCAAUCUGAAGAUAGCAUGAUUUCCAACAACUUGAAAGCCUUUGAAAGCGAGAUUCAUGCCUUAUCAGAAAUAAGGCAUCGUAACAUUGUGAAGCUGUAUGGCUUUUGUUCACAUCCAAAGAACUCAUUUUUGGUUUAUGAGUUUGUAGAAAGGGGAAGUUUGAGAAUGGUGUUAAGCAACAAGGACGAGGCAAUGGAGUUGGAUUGGGAGAAAAGGCUAAAUGUUGUAAAAGGAGUGGCGAAUGCCUUGUCUUAUAUGCAUCAUGACCAUUCACCACCUAUAAUUCAUCGAGACAUUUCCAGCAACAAUGUUCUUCUGGAUUUGGACUAUGAGGCUCAUGUCUCAGAUUUCGGCACAGCCAGGCUUUUAAAGCCUGACUCUUCUAAUUGGACCUCACUUGUUGGUACUUUUGGGUACAUAGCUCCAGGUAUUUAUUGAUAUCUUUUUUUA